UAAAAAAGUUUAACUGAUAAAGUGGUUGCUAAGAGUACGUAUCUUUAUAAAUCCAUUACACCGUGCUGAAAUACUGGAAUACUGUAUCACAUGACAAAAAGGACAUUGACAUUGAUAUUGGACUUUAUCGAGGAUUGAAGUAGGAAAUAAAAUAAGUGUGUGGUUUUUGCAGCUACAAAGAGGAGGACAUUUAGAGGAGUGGUCCGGAUUAGGCUCCCCACUCUGUCAGACUUUACAAAUCCAUCUGUUGGCUGCUGCCAGUGACCCUAGAGAUUAGGGGAUCAUUCAGGGGUGGGUCACAGAUGUAGCAGCUUCUAUAAAGACCACAACACCUCAGAGAUGUGAGCAGGGCAGGAUCGCAGACCGAGCAUCAAACAGGUAAGAAUAAGACAUGUAUGUAAUGACUAAUUAGAAAAAGUUUAAAGGAUAAUCUCCAUACUCAUGGUUUGAGUUCAUUUACUCAAGAUAAAAUGGUAAAGGCAGAAACUACAGUAUAAUGAUGUUCUCAUUGGGUCUCUUGUUUGUUUGUUCAUUGUUUUUUUUUUUGUAGCACCAAUGGAGACGUUAUCUGAAGAUGGCCAAUCAGUCCCACAUAACUGUGAACAUUUGAAGAAAAGGAAGCAGAACAUGAAGGUACAAACAAAUACAGAAGCAGCACAGAAAAGUAAUGAGGCAUGUCAGGAUCAGAUAGAUCAGAAAGUGAUGGUCAGAGAAGCUCCAGACAGAGGGAACAUAGUGGCACCCAGUGUUUCCUGUUCACUAGAAAAGGAGACAUUUUGUUUUGCUGGUCACGAAAUCAGCAUCCGAGAGUCUGUGGAUGCUUACGGUGCUCUGAUCUGGCCUGGGGCUGUGGCGUUGUGCCAGUUCCUGGAGAACAACCAGAGACAAGUGGACCUGUUGGAUAAGGCGGUGCUGGAGAUCGGAGCAGGAACUGGAUUACUCUCCAUAGUGGCCAGUUUGCUUGGGGCUCGGGUGACGGCCACUGAUCUGCCAGACAUACUGUCUAAUCUCACAUUUAAUCUCAUGCGAAACACCAAAGGGCGCUGUGGCCACACCCCCACGGUGGCUGCCCUCACCUGGGGUCAGGAUCUGGAGAGCAAUUUCCCCCAUAAGUCCUUCCACUACGACUACGUGCUGGCAGCUGACGUGGUCUACCACCACAGGUGUCUGGAGGAGCUGCUGAGGACCAUGCAUCACUUCUGCCGACCGGGGAGCCAGACCACCGUGCUGUGGGCCAACAAGAUCCGCUUCCCGUCGGACCUGAAGUUCACCGAGCGCUUCGAGAGCAGCUUUAACUCCACGCUGCUCAUAGAGCUUCCUCAGCAGGAGGUGAGGAUAUACAAGGCCACAGCUAAGGAGUAACAGAGGAGCAGAGAGCAAAGACCAGUUCUGUUUACCA